AUGCAACAAACCGGCUUCCUCCCGAUUCCAUCAGGAUCCAACACUGGCCCGGCCACCCACGCCGCCGCCGCCUCCGCCGCCGCCAGUGGCUCGAGCUUCCCCCGCCAAGCCAGCUUUGGUGACAUUGGUCAGCCAGGCCCAUCAAGAUGGAACGAGUCGCCAGCAGUCUCGGGCCUCAGCACAAUGAUGCGUAACAAUGGCACUCCGCCGGGGCACCAGGCAUCACCAUCGAGCAACCCCCACUCCGGGUUCCAUCCCUCGUCGUUUGGCCCGCUCUCCUUCUCGGCCCUGGCGCUCGGUGCAUCCCAGAACGGCAUGGGAUCGUCGCCCUAUAGCUCGUCAAUGGCCAUGAGCAUUUCGCCCCCCAGGUGGCAGCCAGGCAGCAUGGGCAACGGCUUUGGGGGCGGCAGUUUUGUCGGCAGUGUCGGUGCACUGGGCACAAGCUAUGGCCGUCAAGCAGAGGGACGCGAGCGAGAGCUCGAGGCCAAGUAUGUUCGCGACUUUACCUGCUGCGGGCGCCAGCUGCUUGGCCUCCAUGAGCUUCUCGAGCACUACGAAGAGGAGCACGCCAACUUGGCGCCAGAUGUGCGCAUGGCGGCCAUCAACGCCGUGCAGAGCUCCAAACCCCCGUUCCAGCGGUCGCUCAGCUCGCAGAUUGGCAUGAGCCAUGGUGACGCUCCGCAACCGCCUGGAAUGAUGGAUAUUGAAAUGGACGACCCUACACCGGCGACGCCGCAGGCCAUGCUGCAGCAGGCCAGCGUGUCGGGCCUUACCGUGGGGAUGGCGCCGGGUGUGCCAUCGCCUUGGUCGGCGGCCUUCCGUCCGCCGAGCCUCAACCCGCCGGCGUGCGUGCCGCCAAGCGUGCUGUCGUACGCGCCGCCAGCACCAUCCACCCCGUCGACCCCAGUCCAGCAGCAGGCCCGUGCACCCCAGCUCCAGACGACACAACAACAACAGACCCCCCAGCAGUCGUCGGCACAGUCUAGCCCCCUGACGGCGGAGCAGAUGCAGGCGCGGGUGAUGAAGAAGGCGCAGAAGAAGGCGGAGCGUGAAGCCAAGGAGGCGGCCGAGGAGGCCGACCACGACUUGCAACCUGGAGAGAAGAGGUUCCGAUGCCCAAUAGAGGGCUGUGGAAAGGUGUACAAGCAGGCCAACGGCCUCAAGUACCACCUGACACGGAGUAUCAACUCUGGGCACGGCAAUGUCGCUGCCAUGGGCGGGCUGAUGGCGUUGCUGGCCGAGGCCAAGGACGACGAGUAG